AUGCGUUACUAUCCCACUGGUCUUGACCGUGAUUCACACAUUUCAGGUGUACGCCCCGGAGGAGGGGCUCCAGUUUCACACGACGUAAACAAACGAAGGGACAAUUUGCCUGAUCAUGUGUUUGCCUCCAUCCGUGAGGAGGUUCUAAUGGAGGAGCGAAUGCGCCAUGUAAAUGCGGAGGCGCGAGCCCGUGCACAGCUAAUACAAGCCUCAGGCACACACGGAAAACGUAUGGCCGGUGGUUCUGUUGGUGAUGAUCGCCGCGAGCUUGAGCGGGUGUCGAGUGCAGAGGCAGUGAAUGCUCGCCAUCGUGCGCUGUUGGAGUUAUAUUCACUGGAGAUGGAGGGGUGGAAGGAAGAAUUGGCAGAGCGGGGGUUGAGCAUAGAGAUGUAG